GGUCAAGGCAGGCCCCGCCCGGCGCCACGGCCAGGCGGAGCUCCGCUUAAAGGCACCGGCAGGGCCGGGAGAUGGGCUGCCACAUAUAUAUAUAUAUAUGACAUGGCUGCCCCAUAUAUAUAUAUAUGAUUGUUGUGUGAUGAUGACACCUGCAGUGUGCCGCUUCAGCAUGCAGUACCCAUAAGAAGGGUACAGUCCCCUGAGCCUCGCUGCUGCCAUUGAGCGUUAGGAAAUGUGACUGGGUCCGGAGUCACACUCUUACACUAUCCGAGAGUGGCUUACAAUGACUGAUUUGGGAACUAAGUAUAUAUUUAGUGAAUGUGAGUGUGAAUACCCACAAACAUAUGUAUACAUAUACCUGCAGUUGUUCCUAUCUGCAUCCAGGUGUUUAGUCCUAUAGGACUUCUUCUUUUCAUUAUUUUACUCUAACCAUUGCAGUGUAAAGUAAUCUGUCCUUCAGUAUCUCUUCAUGUAAUGGACCACCCCUAAGAAGGACAUUUAUUUUAGUUGCAGAAAUAACUAUGUUAUUCUAAGUAUGAUGCAGGACGAGAUAGCUGAAAAAGAAGGACUAUAUCGUACUGCCCCUUUGCCGCGUUCCUUACUCUCCGGGCCACUUAACUAACACUGCCCUAAACUAACUACCUAUCUACCUAAAAAUAAAAGGAGGAGCUGAAAAUGUCUAAAGGAAAAGCAUUAGCUAGGCAAGAUGGGGCGGGGGGAAAGGCGGCGGCCGCGGGCCGGCCCUCGUCCCUCCUCCCGGCCGUGGGGCCCUGUGGGGCGGCCAUGUCGGCGGGCAUCGGCCUCCGGCUCCGGCUCCUGCUCCUCGCCUGCCUGGCGCCCCGGCCGGCCCUCGGCCAGGGCUGCUCGGCGGAAAAAGAGGAGAACGCCAUCGUCGACAUCAGCUUCGCCCUCCCCGCAGGCAUCAGGGGAGCAGAGCCGGUGUAUGCCUCGGCUCCGGAGGCGUGUAUGAGGGCUUGCUGCCUGGGAAGAGGGCUGCCAGGAGACAGGAAGUGCAACUUCAUGAUUUUUGAUGCUCGAGGGACAAGGACACAUCCAAACUGCUACCUGUUUUACUGCCCAAGCACAGAGGCCUGUCCAAUGAAGCCUGCAGCAGGAUUUGUUAGCUACAAGAUAGCUCGAGACACCUAUGCCCUGGAGGACACUUCCCUAAAAAAUGAGGACUUUCAUUUGAAUGAACACUCUUUGCCUUUGGAUGCUGGUGCCUAUAUUUCUCACAGUCUGACUAGCCAUCAGAAUCACACCACUGCUUUGCAGCAAUCUGUCUUCCAUCAAGCAUCUGAACUCCCAGACCACGUGGACAAACAUUUAGACAAUAUUGAAUUUCAUACAGUUUUUCCUGAAUCACAAACGGCCAACAAUCUUGAGAGCUUAGACCCCAUCCCAAGGCAGAAAGAAAUUAAUCUGCCACCAAAUACGUCUUCUAAUGUUCAAAGUGGAAACCCCUCUGCUUUGUUCCCCAGCACUCAGUCUGGCGUUCCUGGACCCAGCAGUACUACCAUUUCUCCACUGCCUACAAGUGUCACCAGACUGGAAUCUCAUACAACUUCUCCACCUACUGGCGGUGCUAAACCUAGUGCUGUCACCACAAGGGCUACGUUUAUGCACACUGCAACUGCUAGAGCUGAACAUUGUAUCACUGCUGCCAGCACUGCUGUUACUCAUGUUCCUCUUUCCAGUCCCACAAUUUCUGCUUCUACUUCCACAACCAAGCGGGUGACCUCAAAUUCCGGAAUAGCUACUGCCACAUCAGGGCUCAGAACUUCAGCCAUCCCUCCUGAGCCAACACUUGCCUCUUCCAAUGAUACCAGCCAUGUUACCCUCCUCUCUUUUUCAGAUUUUGCCCCGUCUACUAGUGGUUCUCCCCUAGCUUCCCAAAACAACCAUCAGGAUUAUGACCCAUCUGAUUCAGAAAGCUACCUGUCAGAGAGCGCUCUGAGAAGGAAAGGUGUCCUUCAGCUGGAAGACAAAAGCAAACUUGUAGCAGCUUUACUUUUUGGGGUGAUUUUCUUGCUACUAGUUAUUGCAUUCAUGGGGAAGAAAAUGCAUGAAUCUCUUCAGAAGAGACAUUAUACUAGGCUGGAUUACCUGAUCAAUGGAAUGUAUGCUGAUGUAUGAUGGGGCAAGGGGAAUAGAUUUUUAGGAGCAUUUCUUAUCUUUGGGAGAAUUACUUUGAGACUGAAUAGGAAAUAUUGAAAUCUUAGAAGAGGAUGUAUUCUUUUUUGGUCACUAAUGCGAAAGCAGCAGAUGAGUUUGGUGGGGAAGAGAACUGCUAUUUCUAUGCUGAAAUAUAAUGUCUAUAAUUUGAUUUAUUACUAAAUUCUAAAAAUAAACACUCAAGUCCAAGUUAAGCAAAAAAGUUCUUAUGUUUAAGGAGAAAAAGAAUUUCAUGAGUAUACUCUGUGACUAGAGUAACAUAAGUAAACCUAGUAAACCUAAUAAAAUUAGUAGCUGUGCAGUGCAUGAGCAUUUUCAAA